GGCGCAGAGGUCGGGGCGUAUUUAACGAAACCGCCAUAUUGGCGUUUCACCUGUUGACCUGCAGCAGCAGCAGCAGCGCUAGCAACUCGGGCGGCAGCAAGUGAGGGUAGUGGUUGUGGAGUAACGGAGGAUGAACGCGUCGCCUCCUUGCAGCCUCCUGAAGCAGAGCUAGGGUUUGGGAAUCUUCUUGGAAUUAGGUUGCCUGUUUAAGACGCUGGAAAUGAAGGGAGUAGUGACCAGCCCGGUCUCUACCGCCAUGCAAGAGACUUUCGGGUGCGCGGUGAUGAACCGCUUCGAUCAGCUCCUGGAUGACGAAGCCGACCCCUUUGACAUCCUCCGGGAGGCCGAGGAGGAGAAGAAGAAGAGGAAGAAGAAAGAGGAGAGUAAGAAAGGAAGCGGCGGGACAGCGAAGCCUGGGAAAAAGGAAUCUCAGAAGGAUAGGAAGGUCCCCGUGUUCCUUGGAAGCGAAGGCUCCCGGCAGCAGCCCCCCCGCGCCCCCGGCCUGCUGGGUCAGAAUGAGAACAGAGGGACGGAGGUGAAGGUGGUGUACAGCGAGCGGCGCGAGGUGUUCCGGGAGAGGCGCCCCAAUGAGCCGGAAGCGCCCCUUGACUUCUCGGUGGAGAAGCCAUCUGACCAGUUUGACCGGGGGAUGAGAGGCCGAGGAGGACGAGGCCGGGGAGGAAGAGGCGGCACUUUUUUCAGAAGCUUCGACGGUUUCGAUCAGAGGGGCAAAAGAGAAUUUGAACGCCACAGUGGAAGUGACCGAGCGGGUAUUAGGCCUGAAGAAAAGCGUGGAGGAGGGGGACCUCGGAACUGGGGAAGCGUUAAGGAUGAAAUGAGUGACAUGGAGCACGGCGUUCCCAAUGAAGAGGCGGGAGACACGGAGGAGGCGCACGGCGCCCCGGAAGGGGAUGCGGAGAACCAGGGGACAGAGGGCGAGGGAGAAGUCCGUGAAGAUUAUGUGGCGGAGAUGACUUUGGACGAGUGGAAAGCGCUACAGGAACAAAACCGACCAAAGAAGGAAUUCAACAUUCGCAAACCAGAGACCAGUGUGCCUUCAAAGGCUGUUGUGAUUCACAAGUCUAAGUACCUAGAUAACCUGAAGGAGGAAUCCGAUGAGGACGACGAGGACCACCACUUCUUCCGCAGGCCGGCCAACGACAUCACCACCCAGCUGGACAUCAACUUCGGCAGCCUGUCGCGGCAGGGCCGGGGCGGCCGCGGGGGCCGGGGAGGAAGAGGCCGGGGAGCGGCGGCGAGGACGGAGGCCACGGCUACGCCGCCGCCGCCACCACCGCGUGCGGAAGUGGCACAGAUUCUGGCCCCUAAUCCUGAUGACCCAGAGGAUUUCCCUGCCUUGGCUUGAAGGAGCACAUGCAGCGGUUAGGGACUGAAGAGGCCGACGUUGAUCCGGAGUGAGACGGGGAGCCUACAGUAUGGUGGCGGAUUCAAGAACUGGCUCCCAGCUGCUGAAAUUUGUUUGCCUCUUGAUGAAAGUUUGUUGCACUUUUUUGGAUUAACACUGGUUUUUGUUUGUAACUAUGCCAAAGGACUAUUUUUCAGAGCUUUUAUUUCUGCUUGCUGUAUAUUUUGAAAGCUGUUAUUCACUAUAAGGGGAAAUACAAAUUAUAACUUAACUGUAUAAAAAAAAUAAAUGCACUGUUGAGGUUCCAUGAA